GGUGCUCAGAAGGACCAACGAGGUUAGAGCUUCGUAAGCUAGAGCGGGGAAGCUCCGCUUACGAACAGCAAGCCUUAUGAUCAGCAUCUUGGUCAUGGGAUCUGUUGUCCUUUGCUUGCAAACUUACAGACAGUUCCGUCAUACCACAGCUACAAUUUUAUCUGACACCUCGUGUUCUCCUGCACAAUGCCCUCUCCACCAAGGAAGAGGAUAGUAUUUACGGGCGGUUCUGGAGUCGCCGGACGUCAUGUAAUUGAGAAGUUGCUUAGCUUCGGCCAUGAGAUACUCAACGUGGAUGCGACACCUCUAGACAAUCCCAAUGUACAUACUUUGAAGGCCGAUCUUACAGACGGCGCGCAAGCUUUCAACAGCCUGUCUUGUCACUUCAAGAUCAGCGAACCCUUCAUGGAGCCAGUCAAAACACCGGAUGCCAUCGUACAUUUUGCUGGUAUCCCCCAACCCAUGCGCCUCCCCGACAACGAAACCUACCGCAUCAACACCCUCAGCUCCUACAACAUCCUCGAAUCCGCCUGUAAGCUCGGCAUCCGCAAGAUAAUCCUCGCCUCCAGCCUCACCACCUAUGGCGUCACCUAUGCCGAAGGCUCCACAUCCUACGCCCACUUCCCUAUCACAGAGUCCACACCAACAACCCCCAUGGACGUCUACGCCACUAGUAAACUCUGCAUGGAAACUACCGCCGCGUCAUUCGCACGCCGGUUUCCUGGUGUAGAUAUUUACUGUUUGCGCAUCUCAGCUGUUAUCGAACCGGAGAAUCAUAUAAAGAAGUUUGAAGCAUAUUUAACCCGGCCACAGGAUUUCAAAGUGCAUGCGUGGAGUUAUACCGAUGCGAGGGAUUUGGGCAAUAUGGUACACUGUUGUUUACAGACGGAUGGGCUGGGGUACCAGGUUUUCAAUGCGGUGAAUGAUGACAUUACUAUCCCGGAGACGGAGGGCACGAGCGAGGAUUGGUUAAGGAAGGUUUGUCCCGAGACGGAGAUUCUGACAAGAAUGGGAGAGAAGGAGAGUCCGGUUUCUAAUAAGAAGAUGAAGGAUAUGUUAGGAUUUAGGGAGGAGUUUGGGUGGCGGCAGGUUUUGGGUAGAGAGGGGUAGGUUUGUAGUAGUUGGGCAUACUCCGUACCAAUGCUGUUUAUUAAUGCAAAGCACCAAGAAUACCGGAAAGUUCGGAAUCUCUUAGUUGUACCUAUAAUGUACUCCGAAGUCACUCGCUGCGCUGGAUACUACAAAAGCACAACGUGAACACCGGUG